AUGGAGAUGAAGGAAGUGCCAAAGUGGAAAGCCAUACUGAAGAUAUCUUCAAUCUUACUUGUGAAGAGACUAGAUCAGGACAAUGUUCCAAUUGUAUUUCCCUUGAAGAUUGAUGAAAGGCACACAGCCUUGCGACAUGCAAGCUUUGCGCCUUCGGCACCCCGUGCCCUUCUGCAUUUUAUCUUGCAAAAUGCAAGCUUUGCGCCUUCGGCACCCCCAUACACUUCGCCCUUUUUAUCAUUUGGCACCUUACCUUGCGAACCGCAACACGAGGCCUUUUGGGAGCUCACUGACUUCGGAGUCAUGGGAACUUCGAAGUUAAGCGAGUUGGGACUAGAGAAAUCCCAAGAUGGAGCCGAUCCGGGAUGUGACACCAAGGGCCCUUCAGUACCUUUUCUUGUGACAUGCAAGUCUUAUGCGUUCGGCACCGUCGUGUCUAUGCACAUUGUCUUGCGACAAGCAAGUCUUAAGCAUUCGGCACCUACGUGCCCUUCAGUACCUUUUCUUGUGACAUGCAAGUCUUAUGCCUUCGGCACCCUCGUGUCUAUGCACAUUGUCUUGCCACAAGCAAGUCUUAAGCCUUCAGCAUCUACGUGCCCUUCAGUGCCUUGUCUUGUGACAUGCAAGUCUUAUGCCUUCGGCACCCUCAUGCCUACGCACAUUGUCUUGCGGCGUGCAAGUCUUACGCCUUCUGCACCUACGUGCCCUUCAGUACCUUGUCUUGUGACAUACAAGUCUUAUGCCUUCGGCACCCUCGUGCCUACACACAUUGUCUUGCGACAUGAAAGUCUUGUUCCCUCCCUCCAAUUUCCUUCUUACCCGAGGACUUGA